GACAAGCGAGUUCGGCCCCGGAAAAACUCAAGAAGAAGAAGAAACAUAAAAUAAAACUUCCACACGUGUUGUUUAUCAAAAUAGCAAAUAUUGAGUGAAUUUGCGUUAAUAAAAGCUUAAAAUGGCGAAGCUUUUCGUGCUGUUUGAGCACGCAGCGGGCUUCGGGCUCUUUUCUGUGAGUGAAUUCGAGGAAGUAUCGAUGCUCUUGCCACAGGUGGAGGCAUCCGUGAUGGAUCUGACUCGCUUCAACUCAAUCGUCAAGCUUGUGGGCUUCUCACCCUUCAAAACCGCCGUGGCUGCCCUUGAGAGCGCCAAUGCCAUUUCCGAGGGUAUCCUCCCGCAGGAUUUGGCUGUUUUCCUCGACACCACACUCCCGGCGAAGAAGAAGAAGAUCACACUGGGUGUGGCAGACAGCAAAUUGGGAGCUGCCAUUGCUGAAGCCCUGGGGAUUCAGUGCAACCAUCUGGGAGCCAUUCCGGAGAUCAUUCGGGGCAUUCGCAUGCAUUUUGCCAGCAUGGUGAAGGGACUUACGGCAAAGAGUGCAGGUGUAGCACAGCUUGGUCUGGGGCACAGCUACUCCAGGGCAAAGGUGAAAUUCAACGUUCACCGAUCGGACAAUAUGAUCAUCCAAUCGAUCGCUCUGUUGGAUCUCCUGGACAAGGAUAUCAAUACAUUCUCCAUGAGGAUUAGGGAAUGGUACUCCUAUCACUUCCCGGAGCUUGUUAAAAUUGUCCCAGACAAUCAUAUGUACGCUAAAGUGGCGCAACACAUCAAGGAUAGAAAGAGUCUGACGGAUGCCUCAGUUCCGGAACUUGAGGAGAUCUUGAUGGACUCAGAGAAGGCUCAAGCGAUUGUUGAUGCCGCCAAGAUGUCCAUGGGAAUGGAUAUUUCUGUUGUGGAUUUAAUGAAUAUCCAGAUGUUUGCUGGACGUGUGGUGAGGCUGUCAGACUACCGGAAGCAGCUGGCUGAAUAUCUGCACUCAAAGAUGGGCAAUGUGGCCCCUAAUUUGCAGUCCCUGAUUGGCGAUCAAGUGGGCGCUAGGCUCAUCUCCAAGGCUGGAAGUCUCACGAAUCUGGCCAAAUAUCCCGCGUCGACGGUACAGAUUCUCGGCGCUGAGAAAGCCCUCUUCCGUGCUCUCAAGACACGCACCAAUACCCCUAAAUAUGGGCUGCUCUACCACUCGAGCUUCAUUGGACGUGCUGGGCUGAAGAACAAGGGACGCAUCUCACGUUUCCUGGCCAAUAAGUGCUCCAUUGCCUCACGCAUUGAUUGCUUCACCGAAGCCCCAUCUACCGUCUUCGGUGAAGCCCUGCGGCAACAGGUUGAGGAUCGUUUGAAAUUCUACGAAUCCGGUGAAGCUCCUCGCAAGAACACCGAAGUCAUGCAGGAAGCCAUCGCCCUAUCCGAAGAGAUGCAAAAAACCGAGAAGAAGAAGAAGAAAAAGAAGAAGCGCUCCGCCGACGAGAACGGAGACGUUUCCAUGAAGAGUGAGAAUGGCGACAGCACGCUACCAGCUGAGGAGGAAGCUGGCGCUGAGCCGCCUAAGAAGAAGAAGAAGAAGAAGAAGAACAAGGAGGAAGAAGAAUAGAUCCUGAAAAUCCUUAAAAAUCCGCAAAGGAUCCUUUUGCGAGGAUUUGAAGAAUUUUUAUGUAAGAGAAGAAAAUAAAAUUCAAAUUUUAUUCCUUUAUA